GUCAGAAAGUGCAAAACUCAAUAGACCGACACAGAAGAUUCAAGUUUUCGUAAAAAAAUCGCAAAAAAUUUAAGUUCUCGUACAAAAGUAUUUUUUUUAUAAAGAAACUAACGAUAAAUUUAAUAGUUCGAUAAUAACGAAACCAACCACAGCCAUUUGAUCGGUGUCCUGCGUCUAAUGAAAAUAGGGUGCAACAAUAUCUAAGCGAUCAUCACACAUCUCAAUAUGGCGGGAAUAUUUGAAAUAUUAAGCGGUCUCGCUACAAUUAUUCUUCUUCUUUAUUAUUAUCUGACGAGGACAUUCAAUUAUUGGAAGGUUCGCGGUGUAAAAGGACCUCAACCUAUUCCCAUAUUCGGCAAUAUUAAAGAUAUAAUAUUUCAAAAAAAAAUUUUGGCUACAUAUUUGGAAGAACUUUGUCUAUCGUACAAGAAUGAACCGUAUAUCGGUAUAUUCAUUAGAAAUACACCAAUACUUAUUCUAAAAGAUUCAACAUUGAUAAAAGAUGUCUUGAUCAAGGACUUUACCAGUUUCUCUGACCGACACACGACCGUGACCAAAAAGGUAGAACCAUUGUCGCAACAUCUUUUCCAUCUCGAAGUAGCAAAAUGGAGACCAUUAAGGAAUAAACUCUCACCUGCUUUUACUUCUGGUAAACUAAAGGAAAUGUUUCCAUUGAUAAUGGAAUGCUCCCAUCAUUUGGAACAAUAUAUAAACAAUAUGCCUGACAAUAAUAUCGUAGAGGUUUAUGAAUUAAUGGGUAAAUUCAAUACCGACGUCAUAGGUAAUUGUGCAUUCGGCAUCGAAAUGAAUGCGAUCGCCGACGAUAAAAGUGAAUUUCGUAGAAUGGGUAAAGAAAUAUUCCAAUCCAGUCUGAAAAGGGAAAUAAGAGAGGUUUUGCGUACAAGUUUUCCAAAAUUGUACAAUCAUCUUAGCUUUCUCUUCGAUUAUUCAAAACUUACUACCUUCUUUCUGAAUAUAGUUAAGGAAACGAUGGAUUAUAGAAGGAAGAAUAAAUUUAUUAGGCAUGAUUUCAUAAAUAUACUGAUGGAAUUAAAAGAACAACCGAACAAGCUUGGCGAGGAAAUUGAACUAACGGACUCGCUUUGUGCCGCUCAAGCUUAUUUAUUUUUCGGUGCUGGUUUUGAAUCCUCUUCGUGGACUAUGAGUAAUAUUCUUUACGAAUUAGCACAACACCAUGAUAUACAAGACAAACUUCGUGAAGAGAUUAAAACAGAAUAUGAGAGAAAUAAUGGUACAUUAAUAUUCGAAUCGAUAAAAAGGAUGAAAUAUUUGCAUGCGGUAUUCCAAGAAACAUUAAGGAAACAUCCACCGGUAUGGAAUCUAUUCAGAAAAUGUACAGCAUCCUCUUACACAUUCCAUGGCACUGAACUUACUAUACCUAAGAAUCAAACAAUCUUUAUACCAAUAUUAGGAAUCCAUCACGAUCCAAGCAAUUAUCCAAAUCCAGAAGUUUUCGAUCCAACACGAUUUACUAAGGAAGACAAUACAAUAAAUAGUACAACGUAUAUACCUUUUGGUAGAGGACCUCGUAGCUGUAUGGGCGAAAGAUUUGCAGAUUAUCAAUCGAAAGUCGGACUGGCAUCAUUUUUACGAAAUUAUAAAGUAGACGUGUCCGAAAAAACGGAAAUUCCAUAUGGAAUAAGACAAUCAUCAUUUUUGUUACAUCCAACAAAAGGAAUAUAUUUAAAAGUCAGUAAAAUU